AUCGGAAGCUCUCUCUCCUUCCUCCGGACCCGAUCCUUUUUUUGUCUCGGUCCAUAGGAGAACACACGAUCAUGAUCACUCCAAUCAAACUAGCCUUUCUCCUCUUAACCCUCACAGCAACUGCAACCGCUGCACCCAAAGCCAAACGCAGGAACUACCUUUUCACCCCGCAUGCAAAAGCAGUCGCGGGAAUAUGCACCGUCGUCGUAACAAACACGAGUCUAUGCUGCAAAACCCUUAAACACGUUCCUACCAAUGACCCCAUCGAAUUGAUCCGAGCGUUAGCGGCUGCGACUGAAUCUUCAGUGAAAAGAAGUGUAACUUUCCUCUCCGAGAUCAAACCAAAACACAAAUCGAACGCAACCGCAGCUGCAGCGAUCUACAGCUGCCAGAAAAACUUGAACUACGCGUUGGAAGAUUUCGCCGAGUUUUGGAACGCUACGGGGAAAGAUGUAACGACGUUGGCUCAUAACUAUUUCACGUGUAAGAAGACGUUGAUGUCGAUCAUGGGGUAUCACUGGACUUGUUUGGAUGAUAUUGAUGAUAAGAAUCUGUUGAAGGAAGUGGAGACUGGGAUCAGUGUUGGGAAGAAUCUAAGCAGUAAUACGUUUGAUGUGUUCAAUGGUUUGAAAACUAUUUUUAAGACGUUUGGUAUUAAGGUGAAGCUUAACGAGGAAGACACUUCGCCCCAACCCCCACCAUUGUCGAAUUAUUACUUCUGAUUAAAUGAUCUGGAUGUAAUAAUUGAUUAAUAUCAUCGUAUAAUGCCUAAAGCGUCGUGUAUGGUGUAUGUUCUAGGUUUUAUAAAUGUACGGACGGAUAUUCGAGAUGAUUGGAAAGGAUAUAUAUUAAUGAAAUGUGAUCUUUAUUUUUUUUGUUGAUUACUA